AUGUAUGUGAAAUGGUUUGAUACAGCAAUGUUAUACUAUGUGAUUUUAGUGAAUGUCACUUUUUGUCAUUUUCAAAUUUCCCGGCGUUUCGUCCCCCGUACAUCCUGACGUCGCAGAGAACGGAACCCGGAAGACAGAUGCCGGCAUCGGCCGGAGGAGAUUACAGUGGACAAUGCAGGGGGGACAUCGCGGGAGCGCAGGACAAGGUAAGAGAAGAACAGAUCCCGGAGCAACGCUGCAGUGUAUUCCCGAGUGUAGCUCGGGGUUACCGCUUGUGCUACACUCGGGAAUACCGCCGGGG